AUGGCGGAGAAGACCGAGCACGAACACAAGCAAGACAUUGAUGAGUACGAGUGGCCACCUGGGACCAUCCGAAUCGAAUUGCUACGUCCCACCACGAAAGGAUCCAAUAUCAUCCUUCAGCCACGGCCCACAGACGACCCGAAUGAUCCUCUGAACUGGCCCAAAAAACAGAAGUGGUGGAAUUUUGGCCUUACUUGCUUCUAUACACUCAUGGUCUUUGCGUUCAUCGAUGCAGCAACGCCAACAUGGGGACCCAUGGCAGAUGAGCUAGGCUUCAGUACCGAAAUCCUGAACGACAGCUAUGCCGUGGGAUGCGGCACUCUUUGCAUUGGCGCCUUCAUCCUGAUCCCAUUUGCAUUGAAGUAUGGCCGCCGACCGCUCUAUAUCGUGAGCACCAUCGUGCAGUUCGCUCUCUGCAUAUGGGCUGCCAGGAUCUACAAGACCGUUGACCUGAUGAUGGUCAACGUUUGGCAGUGUUUUCUCGGCGCUAUCGCAGAGGUCAUUGUGCAGAUGACGGUGGCAGACGUCUUCUUCGUGCACGAGCGCGGUAUGAUGAACAGCAUCUACAUCUGGGUACAGAAUCUUGGCGGCUACUUAGCGCCAUUGGCCGCCGGUUACAUUACGGUCGGACAAGGCUGGAGAUGGGUCUGGUGGUGGUGCGCCAUCUUCUUCGGCCUUUUGUUUCUCGUGGACCUGUUCACGUAUGAGGAGACGAAGUUCGAUCACAUCAAGGCAUCCGCAUCCGUACCUACGGAGCUUCUAGAACAAGCACGAACCCACACCUCGGAGACUGUACGUGAGAAGAAUGAGAAAGACAUCACACCUGCUGUUCCGGACGUGGAUAUCGAGGUCGGAACGAUAUCAGAAGCCGCCGCACGUAAGCUUAGCGUCGUCCAGGUCAACCCAUCGAUCCCGCGCAAGACCUACUGGCAGAAACUUGCGUUCACCACCUCCUCGCCCGGUGACUGGGGCUUGUUCUUCCGUCACAGCUACCAACCGCUGCAAAUCCUGUUCACGAUUCCGGCAGUCGGCUACAUGUCACUCGUCUAUGGUGUCAUGCUGGCGUGGUCGACCGUCAUGACCGUGACACUCUCCACCUGGAUGCUGGGUCCCCCGUGGAACUUCACCGCCGCCCAGAUCGGUCUGAUGAGUCUGCCACCCUUCAUUGGCAACACUCUCGGUGUCUUGAUCUGCGGGCCCAUGAGCGAUCGGACCAUCUUAUGGCUUUCCAAGCGCAACAAUGGCGUCUUCGAGCCGGAAAUGCGCUUGUGGGUCAUGGCACCAUUCGUACCUUUCCUCCCGUUGGGAGCGUUUCUGUACGGCUAUGGCUUGAAUAACGGCUGGUCGUGGCCGGUUAUUGCCGUGUCUUACGCCAUAUCUGCCUUCGGGUCCGCGCCCAUCAGCAGUAUUGCACUGACGUACAUCACCGACUCUUACACGGAGAUUGUCGGUGACGCUCUUGUUGGCGUCACAUUCACUCGCAACGCUCUUGCCACCAUCUUCGUCUUCGCACUCUCGCCAUGGAUCGAGGGCGUAGGCAUGGCAAAUGUGUACGUGACGAUCGGUGUGAUUGGCAUUGCUGUGCUACUGUUCGUGUUCGUGUUCAUUUGGAAGGGUAAGACCUUCCGGCGCAUGACCGCUAAGCGAUAUAGGUAUUAUGCAGAGCGACAGUUCGGAGCAAGGACAGUCUGA